AUGCCUGCUGCCCCAGGAGGCAAGGCAAGACGACGAAGGCAACCUCGAGCAUGCAGACGCUGUCGCGACAAGAAGAUUCGAUGUGAUCUUCAGGUUCCAGCCUGCGGUCCCUGCUCAGGAGCAGGGGAAUCAUGCCUAGGUUUCGAUCCUGUCCAAGGGGCAACAGCUCCUCGAAGCGCCCUUCUGCAUCUUGAGGACGAGGUUGAGCGUCUAGCGCGCGAGCUGGAAGUUCUGGAAAGGCGAAGAGAAACAUUGUCGGAACCAGCCGAGCCAGCCAUAAUAAGUGAGAUUGUUGCACGACUUGUCACCGAGACAGUAGGGACAGCGCGCAGCCUCGAGCAGCAGCCCUCGUCACUGCCGCUCACGUCGCAAUUCCUGCUCUCGCAUUCCCCGUCGCCAUUUCUUGGCUGUGAAACUUCCGACAGCGCGCAGAUGACCGAAGCAACAGAGGCUCCAAAAGCUAAGCAUGUAUCUACCAUUCCGCGAGACGCUGCGCUCGUUCUUCUCAAGCACUAUUGCGACAUCUAUCGACCCCAAUAUCCAGCAAUCGAAGAAGCGGACCUGUACCAGUCCUUCGAGAGGGUAUACAACAGUACCGAAUCCUCACACCUCGAUGCCUUCAUCGUUCAUAUCUGUCUUGGUAUUAGUUCGACAACAUUAAUGUACAGCGACGAUGUACGCGCUCUGACAGCAUCAGGUAGCUUUUGGAGCACUACUGCUGCGCAAUUGGAAAACAUCGGCCCGACAAGCUCUUGGGAGCGACUUCAGGCCUUGCAGCUACUUACGCAUUACGGCCUUUUAAACCCACAAGACGUCAACUGCGUCAGAUGUGCAGCUGCCGCUACGAGGUUGUGUUUCCAACUUGGCUUGCACCGUGAAAUGUCUGCUACUUCUAAUAGGGACAUAAUCGAAGCCGAGAUAAACAAGAGAAGGACAGUGUUCUGGAAUUCUUUGUGCAUUGAUGCGGCUAGGACUGAUGAAAAGCAGGAGCCCGAUCUCCGCUGGACAGCACCCACCACCAUACACAUCUGGGAAUUGCGGAAACUGGAGCGUGAGAUCACCCUCCAUAUGUACUAUCCCUCGGACAGCAACAUCGGUCAACUGUCAGAAAGUCCCCUCGACAAUUGGCUCGCCCGAACCCUGGCACGGCUAAAGCGUUGGUACCAGACCACCUGUGAGAGCGUGUCUUUGACCGGCCAGGUGGAGUUCUACGAGUUGCUUUAUCAUGUCCAGAUGCUGAGAUUGAAUCGUCCAUCCCCGCGGUGCCCGAUUCCAACUCUCGAGAUGCGCCAGGUGGCUCUGGUAUCUUCUGUUGCGAUUCUCCGAGAGUUUGACAUAGUCAACCGACUUGGCAAGCUCUUCUACAUCUGGCAUGCUGCGCAUGUUGUGGUUGAGUCCGGAAUCUGCCUGCUGUCAUCGGUCUUGAGUGGAAUGAGUAUGAACGCUGAUGCAACUCUCUUAACGCAGGCCGAUGUUGCUGUUAUCACUAAACGCAUCGAAAGUAUUCCGGUCCUUCUUAGACAGAUCUCACGCCGCUGGUCGAGCAUUGCCCACCACGCUUCUGUCUUUGAGGAACUGUGUCCUAGAAUUCUGCAAGGCUUGAAUAGUUGGAGUAAUGGCGAACUUCAUGGCAAUAAGGAUGACGAUACUUUACGACAGCGGCUAGAAGAUAUCUCGCUAUUCUCUCCCUCCCUCCAAGAAGGGAUAUUUUUGCGCGAAGAUCUGCGCCACACAACCUCUGCUCCGUUGCUUGACUUCGCAGGUACGUACAACCCGCAAGACUUCCGUUGCUUGACCUCAAGGUGUCGCGCUGACCUCCCAUAG